AUGAUAUACGGCGAAAAGAAGGGCAGUUUUGAGCGCCCUAAAUCCGUAAAAGCUAUGAUGGAGUUAAUCCUCGGUGUUGCGACUGGCUUCUUUGUGAGGAAGCUCGUCCCUUUACCAGGCAACCCAAAUGGCGUGUUCAAAACACCACUGGAAGUAUUUCGAGAAUCACUGCGAGACGUUGCCGAUAGAGAAAUUCUCCUCUAUCAAGACUUCCUACGAGAACUCAAGGGCGAAACAAAUUAUCGCCAGAAAGAAGAUCAAUCCCCCACUACUCAUGUCAUCAGGGACAUGCCAUCAAAUCCCCUUAGUACUUCAACAGAGCCCUACAGUAUCUCACCUGAAGCUGAUCUUCUUUACAUAAUACGCGACAUUCGCGACGAGCUCAACAUGCUCAAGUCCCUUGCCGACGAUCAAGAACUUGUGUGGAAGCAGGCUUUUGAGAACCAUGAGCUGAGAGGCUGUUUUGAGUAUUACCAGCCUUGUACACCAAUAGACGUCAAGAAGAAUCUGGAAGAUAUGCUAGUCGAGGUAGAGACGAUAAAUGACUCUGUUAGAUUUCCCGUUCCAGGACGUAUAGGUAUUCUCAGCUGA